CAACCCAACACUUCUCCCCAGCCAACGCACCGCAAAAAUGAUCGCUAAACGCCCAUUGACAUCUCUCCUCGCCCGCGGCGUGCAGACCGCCUCGCGCUCUCCCAUCUCCGCAGCCGCACCCGUCCUCUCGAGCUCCAGAGCGUUCGGCUCGAGACAUCUCCCCCAGAACUCAAGAUGGACGGCACUCCAGCACCAAUGCCAGGCUCAGAAGCAAAACCACCGACAAUACCCUAGCCAGUCGGUGCGAUGGAAGAGCAACGCGGACAAGUCCAUGAGACAGUGGGGAUUCGAAGACAUCAACGCCGCCCUCCCAUCUACCUCUCCCAACUCGCCGCCCUCCUCGCCCCAGAAAUCCCUCAUCCUCGUCGACGUCCGCGAGCCCGCCGAGUUAACCGCCACCGGGGUGAUCCCGUCCGCCGUGUGCGUGCCGCUGGCCUCGCAGCCGGACGCGCUGUUCCUGACGCCGGACGAGUUCGAGACGCGGUUCGGGUUCCCCAAGCCCGGUGCCGUGGAGGGCCAGGAGUCCGGCGAUAUCGUGUUCUACUGCAAGGCGGGGGUUCGGGCGCGAGCGGCGGCGCAGUUGGCCGUGAAGGCUGGCUACGAUCCCGAGCGGGUGGGUGUGUAUGAGGGCAGUUGGUUGGAUUGGGCAGGUCAGGGAGGAAAGGCGGAGAAGUGGGAGGGAGAGGAUUACGAGUAACUGGGUUAUAAAGUGAUUGAAUGAGAGGGACAGAGAUGGAUCGGGUAUCCAGAGGCUAUGUGAAUAUGAAUGGCGAGGGGUGGUGUACUUAUACUUAUAUUUAUACUUGGAAC